AUGAAAACCAUUGACUUUCUAGCAAAAUCUACAUUUUUCAAUGAUCUUGAACAAAUAUGCUACUUUGUGCAGGGGUUGAACCUUAUUCUCAGGCUAGCAUGGUUGCAAACAGUUUUUCCCUACAAUUUUGGAAGUGUAGACUACAGAGUAACUGGACUACUUUUAGCAGCACUUGAAGUUGUUAGAAGAGGGCAAUGGAAUUUUUACAGGUUGGAGAAUGAGCAUCUAAAUAAUGCUGGAAAAUUCAGAGCUGUAAAGACAAUACCACUUCCUUUUCAUGAAGUGGAUGAUCAAGAUUGA